AUGAUUGUGUUUAAAUUAAGUGUAAUAAGUUAAGCAGAAAAAACACGUUGUUCCAAAUUGUGCUCCAAUGUUUUGGAAAUGGCUGGAGGACAACUUCAAGUACCGGCGAAAGUGCGCGAUCGUGUUUGGCCGGAGGCGCCGUAACUCGGUGCUGGAAGUCAGCGGAAGUCAGAAGAUCACCCAGCAGCAGUACCGUGCCCUGCUGGCCUGCAUCGAUUAUCUGGAGCAACACAUUGGCGUUUACGGGCUGUUCGUGACCGGCGGUAGCGUAACGCACGUGAAAAGAAUAUUCGACAAGCUGAAAGCUGGCUGUCCACUGUUGCUGGAUUACCUGCGCUCGGCCCAUGCACCGCGGGAAUGUGCGAUGGCUUUCCAUCAGUUCCUUUCCCUGUAUCAGGUGCAAGUGCUUCCUCAGCGUUGUGUCGAUGUCGUGCUGGGAGAUGUGGCCGGCGUACCGAAGCGGCUGAUCGCACUCGACGUGCUGAACCUGCUGCACGAAGAGUACGACGAUACGCGCCUUCACUUUGCCAAGCGCUAUCUGCAGCUGAUGCGCCGCUACACCCUGUACGGCUACCUGCGGCCGACGGAAGUGCACGCCGUCAUCACACCGUACCUGGUGGUGCCGAAAAUAUUCCUCGGCCCCGAUCUGCGCACCAACAUGCAGGCGAAAUCGAUGACGCUGUUGGAGCUGUUUCUGCUAGCACAGCUGUUGGACGAUCCGUCCGCACUGUCGGAACAGCUACAGCAGGCUUGUGCUGCGUAUAGGGAAUCGAACUGAAGGUAGAACGUUUCGUGGGGACUGGAAUGAUAAAAACAACCCGCCAUAUGGUGACCGUUUUUGCUAGUAUGCUCGUUACUUGCGUCGAUCAUUACCACAUACAUGUAAACAGAACAAGACGACGCGACGUGUCUUGCAGCGGUUAAGGGUGGCCUUGUCGUUAUCAGAUAUCGUUUGAAGUGCGUAUCUAUUGUACAGAUUUAAUUAGCUAUCAACCGGUACAAAUCUUUCGAUAGCAAACACUUUUUUAUUUUCUCUCGCUUUCGAGGCCACAAAGUCCCUGAUAGUGAUAGAUUAGAUAGCACCACUGAUUGCGCGCUAUAAAAUGGGUUCACUUUUAGUCAUCGCGAUAAGCAAUGCUUCCUUUCCUUUCUAUUCUUUUAGUGUCCCACCAGAAAGAUGUUUAUCUAGCUCCGGUUGGAAUGUGAAUCACCGUGAAGAUUUAAAUUAAUCACAAAACAGUGAUGAGUAAUGCCUCCUUUCCCAGUCUCUGCAGUAGAGCAAACUGCAUACUCACUCGGCAAAUCCUCAAUCUGAGCAUAACAGACGUUAUAUGUUUGUGCUGGAGACUUUUUUGUUACUUCCCUCUUGUUUGAACAAACGUGUUGUUUCUCGUCGGAAGCAGCGUUCUCGUUUGCCUCACCAACACCAACGCCGGUGAAGAGUUCUACCGGUGGUGACCGAUAAGAAUCCGGCCCGCCGCAAAUGCACCGCACAACCCUUGUGUCUUCUUCCCUGUUCGUGUCUUUAUCGGUUAUGAAACCUGGCGAAGCGUGUGGUGGUUUGGGAUUGGGUGCAUGCAUGUUGGUUGCUAGAAAUAUUUGCUACGCAUGGAUAGCAAAACGGUGUGUGACUAAAGCACAUGGGGAGCAGCAAAACAAAACAACAAAAACGAAAACCCCAGCCCAAAUGCUUCAGUCACAAUCACAGUCUGUUCACAGGGGAGUAGUUGUUCCUGCCUAUCGGCUGGAAAGUCGCAGUUUUAGUCAUCCUUUUUUCGUCCGCGACAGACGGAGCAGCCGAAAGGGUUUGUGGAAGCGGGGGGAGGGGGCAGGCUUUCGCGCACAUGCUUGAGGGAUGUAUACGUGUGCCACCUAUCGUAUGGUGGCUGUAUUGUGGCUGUAUAUUUGAAGUUCCCGCUACUAUCGGCGAUCGCUCAGUUGCACCUGAACCGUCCUCGGCCCCGAGCGGAGUUUUCUUAACGGGCGGUCCCGGAUCAAAUCAAAGCCGCGAAACGAAACGAGCGACCCCACCAUGUGUUUGUGCUGUGGAAACCGCGAAGGUUACGAUAUCGACGAUGCCAACUUUGGCAAAUCGUACAACGAAAGCUUCAGCACGAGUCAGACGGCUGAAGUGGGCCCACCGAUUGUGAUCGUUAAUCAACCGACCAAUGGAGCCGUUUCCGAAGGCUCCACAGUGCCGCCGGACGCACGAUAAGGCUGUGAGCGGACACCGUAGUCGAUAAAAUUCCUUUCCGUGCUAUCUGUUUGUUUGCUAUCAACUUGUAUCAGUAUCAAUUGAAUUACACAAAGGACCACUGCAACUGAAUGCAGUUUUCUCAUUGAGGAAGUGGGUUACGGUCGAAUGCGGGAAUGCGGUUUGCACAGUGGAACGUUUCAAACCAGUCAACACGUGUUGGCGCUUAUCAAUUGUUUUAAUUCGAUGAAAUGCUGAUUCGGAGUGUGUGUGGUUUUCCAUUGUUAUUGUUUUUUUUUCUCUAUCGGCAGUAAAUAGUAGCUAAUAGUGGUAGGGUUAAGUAUUUACACGUAAUAAAAUCGAAUAUACAGAUGUAACCUGAA